GGCUGCUUACGCGCUAAAUAAGUACUGAGCCAACUGCUUAAAUCCCCCCCGGCGCCGAUCCGCGCGCUAAUGCAGCCUGCUUACGCGCAGGGACCAGCGCUUGUGUUAUCUCCGUCUGCCCUCCGGAUCGAGGUACGCUGGCAUGUUUGAUAUAAUUAUUCGAUCGAAUCGAAUCACCUCUUUCUUACCUCUCUAUCUCUCGUUCUCUUCUCUCCUCGGAAAACCAAAUGCCUAAACAAUGUCAUUCUUCGCACCGCCCCCUCCCCCCGCCACGCCGCUAGCGCUGCACCGCGCCCUCUCGCCUACCGCAGCCGUCAAAGUCUCGCCCAUCUGCCUCGGCGGCAUCAGCCUCGGCGACAAAUGGAGCAGCAUCUUCGGACGCAAUGACGAUGCCUUCGCCCUCCUUGACGCGUUCGUUGCCCUUGGCGGUAACUUCAUCGACACGGCCAACACGUACAAUGCCGAGGAGUCGGAGCGCUUGAUUGGGGACUGGAUGCACGAGCGUGGCUGCCGUGACAUGAUGGUCAUCGCGACAAAGUAUGGCGCUGGGUAUAAGGCGUACGAUCGCGAGCGCUGGCCCCUGCAGAGUAACUUCACGGGCUGCUCGGCCAAGAGUCUGCAUGUUUCGGUGAAGGAGAGCUUGAAGAAGUUGAGGACCGAUUAUAUUGAUGUGCUUUAUGUCCAUUGGUGGGACUUUGCGACGGGUGUGGAGGAGGUGAUGACGGCUUUGCAUGCGCUGGUGAUGGCACGCCAGGUGCUCUAUCUGGGUGUGUCGGAUACGCCGGCUUGGGUCGUCGUUAAAGCUAAUUCUUACGCCCGCGCCCACGGCCUCACACCCUUCAGCGUGUACCAAGGCCGCUGGAACGCCGCCUUCCGCGACAUGGAAGCCGAGAUUGUCCCCAUGUGCGCAGACCAAGGCAUGGGACUCGUGCCCUGGGGUACGCUGGGCGGCGGACAGUUGCUGAGCGCGGCGCAGCGGGCUGAGCGUGCAGCAGACCCUGAGGCGCGGCAGUCGGGUGGUGGCCCGGAAAACCCGAACGACAAGGCUGUGUCGGAGGCCCUGGAGGAGAUUGCGGCUCAGAAGGGCGUUGGGUUGCAGGCUGUGGCCCUGGCGUAUCUCUUCGCCCAAUCUCCUCACGUAACACCCAUCGCCGGCGUGCAGACCGUCGAGCACGUCAACGCGCUCCCAGACGCGCUGCGCAUUUCGCUCUCGCGCGCCGACGUCGCCAAGAUCCACGCUGCGGCGCGCUUCGAUCCACUAUUCCCCAUGAGCUUCUUGCUCAAUUACCGUGGCGAUAAGGAGUUUCAUCUUGGUUUGGGGACGGCCGAUGUGCAGCAGUACCAGAUGGCAGCGUGGAUAUCUGGUGCGAAGGAUUUGGCUGGGCGAGAUUUGCCUGUGGGAGGAGGGGAGGGAGGGCGGUAG